GGCGACCGCUAACUCGGAGGGAAAUUUGGCAGGGGGAUUCUACACUCUCCAGGAAGACGGAUCUCAUCCCUUCGGGCUGGGCUGUCAUCCCAACUCCGCCCCCUUCCCACUAGAGCCAAAGCCCUGGGGAUUCGAACUGUGUUUUUAUUCCCCCUCUGAGGGGCCACUCAGUUUGCCUGGGCGGGAGCUUGGGACGGAGGAGCAGGUGUUUCAUUUAGAUUGACCAGGACCAAGGAUGACUUCCCUGGUCAUGGUGGUAUCCUGCCCCACAACUAGGCUUCUUUCUUCUUUCCUCCAGCGGGGAACUCAGCAGGCUAGCAAGUUUCAACUGCACACAGGAACCCCCUCUGCUGCCAAGGACUACUAUGAAUUCCUGGUCCUGGGUGGGGGAAGUGGUGGGAUCACCAUGAGCUCCCGAAUAAAGAGGAAAGUAGGGGCUGAAAAUAUAGCCAUCGUUGAACCUAGUGAGAAACAUUUUUACCAGCCCCUGUGGACACUGGUGGGUGCUGGUGCCAAAAAGCUGUCGUCAUGCAGCCGUCCCACGGCAAGUGUUAUUCCAUCAGGAGUAGAAUGGAUCAAAUCCGUAGUGAGAGAGCUGGAUCCAGAUGACAACUGCGUCUGCAUCGAUAAUGGCAGAAAGAUUGCUUAUAAAUAUCUCAUCAUUGCUCUUGGAAUCAAGUUGGAAUUUGAGAAGGUCAAAGGUUUGCCUGAAGGUUUUAGUUAUCCUAAAAUAGGGUCUAAUUACUCUGUUGGAACUGUGGAGAAAACAUGGAAGGCGCUGCAGGAUUUCAAGGAGGGCAAUGCCAUCUUCACUUUCCCAAACACCCCGGUUAAGUGCGCAGGGGCGCCACAGAAGAUCAUGUAUUUGUCAGACGCUUACAUGAAGAAGACAAGAAAGCGAGCUAAUGCCAAUAUAAUUUUCAACACUUCCCUGGGAGCCAUUUUUGGGGUUAAGAAGUAUGCAGAUGCCCUGGAAGAAAUUAUCAAGGCCAGGAACCUCCAUGUGAACUAUCGGCAAAACCUUAUUGAAGUUCGGCCAGAAAAAUAUGAGGCAGUGUUUGAGGACUUGGACAAUCCUGGAUCGACCAAAGUGAUGUCAUAUGAGAUGCUUCAUGUCACUCCACCCAUGGGGCCACCAGAAGUAGUCAGGGACAGUCCUGUUGCAGAUGCAGCUGGCUGGGUAGAUUUGGACAAAGAAACUCUGCAGCACAAGAAAUACCCAAAUGUUUUUGGCAUUGGAGACUGUACCAACCUUCCCACAUCAAAGACAGCUGCUGCAGUAGCUGCUCAGUCUGGAGUACUUGACUGCACAAUUUCCCUGGUAAUGAAGAAUAAAAAACCAGUCAGCAAGUAUAAUGGGUAUACAUCUUGUCCACUUGUUACCAACUACAACAAAGUGAUACUCGCUGAGUUUGACUACAGUGCUCAGCCUCUAGAAACCUUCCCCUUUGACCAGGGUAAAGAACGACUCUCCAUGUACCUUUUGAAAGCUGAUAUGAUGCCUUUUCUCUAUUGGAAUGGAAUGCUAAAGGGCUACUGGGGGGGCCCAGGCUUUUUGCGGAAGUGGCUACAUUUGGGUAGAGAUUAGAGAUCAUUGAAGACCUGAAUUCCUGACCAGUCUCCUCCAGUGGAGGGUUUUUAACCCCAAACUACUGCCUUCAACCCAAAGCAGAAUGAAGGGCUUAAAGCUUAAUCCUAUAAAUAACUUGAAACCGUACAAUGGCUUCCUCCAUUAUUUAUCUUUGAAAAAGCCACCUUAUUGGCUUGCCUACCUAAAUGAAAGAGUCCAAUACUUACUUCAUGAGGCAUGUGUACCAGUGUUGAUAUUGUUAGCAGAAGACCAUUAUCAUAAUGGUGGAAUGAAACACCACACUGCUAUUUUUCUCCAUUAUGAAUAUUCAACACCAGUCUUACAUAAUUUAUUUCAACAAAGCAAGUCACAGAUCACCAAGUUAACCAUAGAUUUUUAGAAUUUUUAUGGAUUUUAGGUGAGGCUGAUUCUUAGAUAAGUGGCCAGAUUGCCAAACUGAGAUGUACAUUGUUUACAUGUACUAAUCAUGUCUAAUCACAAAACUGUUGAAAUGGUGAGCAUUCCUGUCUCAUCACUUUCAAAAUCUGUCCCUGAGGAUGUUUUAUUGAAGCACAUUAAAUCACAUUGGUAUGCUGGGCCUGUG